GUAAUAACAAAACCGAAAGUUGAUAUUCUGAUAUAGGAACCAAAAGAGUUGUAACUAAUUAUUUAAAUAAUUACAAUACACCCAAGCCAUUUUAAUAAAAUUUAUAUCGGUAGCCUUUAUAUCAUCUUUUACAUUCGUAAUUAACUAAAUGAUAGAUAUAGCAUAUCAAUUAGUUUAGGUGUUAAUUUUGCUUAACUUAGCACUUGUGACUUAGCAGCAUUGCAUUGACAUGACAUUGUUAUUGUUGUUGAUUCAUUGAUUUUGAUUGAAUGAUUGAUUGAUCUGAGUUCAAAUUUAAAAUUUACAUUCUUACUCUUAGUAAUAUUAUCUUAGACAUCUUUUACACUUCUUUCUAUUUCUACUUACGUCUACUACGACUAGUGAUAGUAGUACUAAUCAGCCUAACUGUCUAACUUACACUAACUAAUUAUUAGUAUUACUAAUAGUAUUAGUAAUACUAUUUCCGCAUAUUUUUAGAUUCUUACUAUUCUUACUCUUGGCAAGAGCAAGUUAGACUCACUCUGGUACUUAUUAUAGUAACUUUUAGUCAUAAGUCUUGAUAAGUACUCUUAGUCAAAGUUGUUAGUUUAGUAAGCCUUGGCCUUGACUCUCAGGCUAACAAUAUACUUAAAUAUACUAACAUGGUCGUUAAAGUUAGAAUAAUAUGGAAGAUAGGAUGCCAUGAUUUUCAACAUGGCCGCCAUCUUGGUUGACAAGACCAGUUAAUUCUGUCACUAAAUCUAAGUAAAUGUAUCCCUAACCUGAACCCUAAAUGUAUCCCUAAACCUAUCCUGAACCCUAAAUGAAAUGUAUCCCUAAACGGUAAACCUAACCUGAACCCUAAAUUUAUCCCUAAACCUAACCUGAACCCUAAUUCACUGCAACUUUAAUAAACACACAUAAGAAGUCGUAGCAUCCUAUCUUCCUUUUAGCCAAAGUGAGUCUUGGGUUUAGGCUUUAAAAAAGGCACUUUUACAUAGCCGGCUUACGUCAGGACUUAGUCGUCUUAGUAAACUUAACUUAGAACACUUUCCUAUACUAUUAAUAUUGUAAACUCAAAUUCAAAUAUAUAGCCUACAUCUGACAUACACAUGAGUAAAUUAUACUAUACUUUUUACUUAGAGUUUAGUAAGAGUAAGUUAGAGCCCAGACUCAAGGCGCCAGAGACCUUUUAAUAUCUAUAGUCUAUAUUUAAUUAGUAAAGUAAUAUGGGAGGACUGCAUUCACAUCAUUCACGUUGAAGUAAUAAUAAAUUUCAGUGUAGACUGUGUCAGUGUGUAGAGAAAAACCUGAAGAAGGACAAUACAAAAAUUUUGAUUAAGAAACUUAGACUUAGGACGGCAAAAGACAGACAAGAAAAAAUUAGCUGAUACUGAUAUGUAUAUUCAAUAUUUAGAAUAUGAUGGAUGGGAAAUCAUACUACUUUGUACUAUUACUAGUUACUACUGAUUCUGUAAAAACUGUGACUAGUUCUAGAUACACAUAUUUGAUUUAUAGACUAUAUUAGUGUUAUAUAAUACUAUUCAAAAUAAAAAUUAAUUCUUCAGUAGGCCAUAUAAAAAAAGUAGUAUUAGUAUUAGUAAUUAGGCCUAGCCUAAUCAUGCCUAAUGUUAUUAUUAAGCUAAUUAUCGUUAUAUUUUAAUUAAUUAACAUUAAAAUUGUCAAAAACAAAAGAUGAGUAGGGCUAGGUUACAAUCCUAUUGGUGAGAAUUUUAUUUAUUGGUCUUGGUGAAAUAUUAAUUUAUAAGAAAUUAAGCUAAAUGAAAUUUCUUUAAGCAUAAAAAGUAAGAUACUUGUAAGAUACUUAGUAAAUAACUCAUAAGGAAAUGAUAUCUCUAAGUCAUACUCUAUACUAUGAUCUAUGAGUAUCAUAAGCUGCAUAGAUCAUAUACUUAAUAUUUCAAACAUCAACUUCUCCGACUUCUGUUAUAAAUUUUAAUUUAUUUGUUAAUAUAAUUUAUUUACAGUUACAGCUAUUUUCUACUUUUUUUUUAGAUUAAAAAUGAAUCAAUCAUUAAUAAAUGAAUGAAAAAUAUUAGGCUAAUAAUUUCUCAUUUAUUGUCAUAAAAUUAAUUAGGGCAAAGGUAAAUUUAGUCUAGGACAAGAAAAAAGGUUAUUAAAACACUAAAACUGAGGAGGCUUACAGUAAAAGAACACACACCUCACACUCAUUCCAUAUUCAAUUUGAGUUAUGUUACAGUCAGUUAAGCCUAACCAAUAAAUAAGUUCUCUGAGCCCUUACAGUUCUAUUUAAGAAACCAAAUACUUACAUUUUUUCCUAAAUUAGUAACUUAUUAAUUAAAUUAGGCCUACAUAAAUAUUAAAUAAAAAUAAUUUGCCUGAAUUUCUUUUUCCACAGAACUAGUCUAAUAGUAAUAGUAAUAGAAGACUUAAGAAACUUAGACAGUCCUAUAAUGCAUUUUUUUCAGUACAUGGCAGCAUUUUCAGAAUUAUGAGUAAUCAAAGUCAAGUUGGCACUUCAAAUAAGUUGGCCCCCAGCAAAAGUACAGUCUAUGUCUCCAAUCUUCCAUUUUCAUUAACAAAUAAUGACCUGCACAAGAUUUUUGAGAAGUAUGGUAAAGUUGUCAGGUUUGUGAUCAUACCUAGCUAUUGAUUGUCAUUUAAUCAUAUAUUAUCUAUAUAAUCCCUGUACAUGUUAACAUUGGAGUUUUUUUGUGAUUAGGGGUGGGUGUUAACUGUUGGUUAGAGUGGAAAUGUACAUAUCUGUAAAUGGUACAAUUAAUUUUUAAUAGAUUGUCAUAAAGAUUAAAAUCUAUCUAACUCUAACUGGAUUUGCUGGGGAUUGAUAAGGGCUGGUCAUCACAACCUAGGCCAUCAAUUCAAGUAUUGUACAAAGAAAAGGGAAUGUUUGUAGUGCAUGAAAUUUGUCAAGGAAUUGUAAAUAUAAAUUCCAUUUACUUGAGCAUAGGGCUGUUGUUUUCCGAACCCUUGGUCUAGAGCAGAGAGAGAAUUAAGAGUGUAUUCAAAUUAUUUUAAAUUUGAAGAUUCAGUGUGCCUGUUGGCAAGCUCUGUUCUUCCAUGCUGAGUUGGUCAGUUCUUUGCAUAAACAGUAUUGCCUCUCCCUGGUAUGCGACCAUCAAGGAGGAACUACGCAGUGCCAAGAAAGAGCGCCGUAGUGCAGAAAAGAAGUGGUUACGGUCAGGUCUUGUGGUUUUUAAGCAGAUAUUUUACGCUGUCAAGAAGCGUGUCAAUCAGAUUGUUUGUCGUGCAAAGACUACGUAUUUUAGCCAAAAGAUAACUAUGGGUAAAACCAGCAGGCAGUUGUUUGAUGUUUGUGGUCACCUUAGGGGGAGUAACAAAGGAACUGCGCUUCCUUCGGUGUUUCCCCUGCCCAAGCAACCAGAUAUUUUCUGUAAUUUCUUUACAAGCAAAGUAGCUGACAUUCGAGCUGAGCUUGAUCGUCUUGAUGCCCCUCCCCUUGAAUUGCCUCCUUUCCCUUGUCUUACUUCCCAUUUUAAUAUUUUUAAACCUGUUUCAGAACUUGAGGUAAAAAAUAUAAUCCUAAAAUCUAAACAUACGUCAUGUUAUUUGGAUCCCAUCCCAACCCCCCUGUUGGUUGAGUCAUUAGAUAUCUUGCUCCCAACAAUAACCCGCAUAAUAAAUGAAAGCUUAUAUUCUGGCACUGUUCCGCCUCUUUGCAAAUCAGCUGUCAUCAAACCAUUGCUUAAGAAGCCCGGUCUGGAUGAAAAUAAUUUAAAAAACUAUAGACCUGUAUCUAACUUAUCAUUUUUAUCUAAAGUUAUUGAAAAACUAGUCCUAAAACAACUUUUUGCUUACUUAAAUGAUCACUCUCUUCUCAGUUCUAAUCAGUCGGCCUAUAGACAUUUCCAUAGCACGGAGACAGCUCUCUUGAGAGUCAGUAAUGACCUCUUGCGCGCAAUGGACAGCGGUAAUGUCUCCAUUUUGAUCCUCUUAGACCUCAGUGCGGCCUUUGACACUGUUGACCAUGAAAUCCUUUUCAAAACCCUUGAAAACUACUUUGGAAUUUCUGGUUCGGUUUUGGCUUGGUUUAGGUCCUACCUCUCUGAUAGAACGCAAAUGGUCUCUGUCGAUGGCUGUCUCUCCGGCAGUGCUGAUUUGGUGUACGGAGUGCCACAGGGGUCCGUUUUGGGUCCGGUUCUAUUCAUAAUGUAUACCAGACCACUACUCCUCUUGCUCGGGAGGCAUGCUGUUGAGAACCAGUCAUUUGCAGAUGAUACACAGCUAUACAUGCAUACCCAUCCAUCUCUUGUCGAUUCCGCUGUCCAGACUUUGCGGGGGUGCAUUGAUGAUGUCAAGUCUUGGAUGACACUCAGCAAGUUGAAGCUUAAUGAUGACAAAACAGAAGCACUCCUCAUUUACAAUCACAAAUCAUCCUCUACCUCAACUCUUCCCACCUCAUUUCAAGUAGGUAACUCCGACAUACAGUUUACACCCUCUGCUAGGAAUCUUGGUUAUAUUCUUUCUAACAACAUGUCUCUCGAUAAACAUAUCUCUCACAUUUGUCGUUCGGCAUACACCGCCAUCCGUCAGAUCAGCUCCAUCCGCCACUACCUGACAGUUAGCGCAACAAAAACUCUAGUCUGUGCUCUUGUUCUCUCUCGUCUUGACUAUUGCAACUCACUUCUGUCAGGUUCACCGAAACAUUUUAUAGAAAAACUGCAGAAAGUUCAAAACUCUGCUGCUAGGCUUGUUCUUAAGGCAAAAAAACGCGAUCACGUCACUCCACUACUCCACUCACUACAUUGGCUCCCUAUACAGGCACGCAUUGACUACAAGCUGUCUCUUCUCUGUCACAACUUUUUCUCGGAUUCCUGCCCUUCCUAUCUAACUGAACUUCUUUCUGUCUAUUCACCCCUUCGACAACUUCGCUCCUCCGCAGACUCGCGUAUUCUGUCCGUUCCCAAGACACGCACUAAAUUAUAUGGUGAACGAUCUUUCUCUUUCUGCGCCCCCAAACAAUGGAAUUCUUUGCCACUACACAUCCGCAAUAUAACAACCACACAGGCCUUCAAAACUGCACUCAAAACACAUCUAUUUAAACUAUACUACUCUGACUGAUUCUCCUCCUAUAAACCGAUAAACGUACAUGGGUUUCCUUGUAAAAAUGUCUGGUGUGGGUGGAUGAAUAUACCUAUGGUGUUGUUUUGCUUAUAUGUUGUUUUUAUUUCAUUUAUGUAUUUUAUUUUAAUAUUAUGAUUAUGCCUCUUUGCUAUAUAUGUACAGCGCGGUGAGCCCAGCCCUAGGCCGGGGUACCGCGCUAUAUAAGACCACUUAUUAUUAUUAUUAUUAUUAAUUGUGGAGGGGCAUUAGAAAUUAACAAAAAUUAUAUCGAAUAAUUAAUUAUAAUUUUGUACAAGGUAAUGUAUAAUGUAAUCAUCAAGAAAUGAACAACUCAUCACAUACAUUAAUUAACAGCAAUUGUUAUUUUAAAUUUUAGGGUUACAGUUAUGAGAGACAAGAAUACACGAAAAAGUAAAGGAGUUGCAUUUGUUUUGUUUCUGGAAAGAGAUGGAGCAUAUACAGCUGUCAGAGCUUUACAUAAUACUAAGGUUGAAAAUUCUUUAUAUUAUACUGUUAAAACAGUCAGUGAGGCAUUGAUUUGGAAAGUUCACUUGAUUGUACUGAUUCUUAAAAAAAUUAUUAUUAUUUAGAUCUUUAUUGUUCUGCAUUAAAAAUAAUAUACUCUAGGUCUUAACCAAAUUAUGUUCUUGCACUAGCUCCUGAAUAUAUAGAUAUGCAUUAAGGUUGCACCAAUUACUAGGCAGCUAUCCAGUAAUGACAAUACAGAGUUGCGUGGAAUUUAGAGUUAGUGAUAUGCAAGUCUUUGGUUAAACUGCCCAUUUGUUUAGAAGCAAUAUUGUUCAGCUAUGUGGUUGUAAUAAUUGAAGGCUACCGCCAAAAUUGUGAAGAAGGUUUAUCUCCUAUGAUAUUUUUUUCCAAUUUCCUAAUUAGAAAUGGCUUAAUCAGACGUUAUCUCAUUCUCAGAUGUUUGAUCGGACUAUAUCUUGCAGCAUUGCCAAAGACAAUGGUAGAGCACCAGAGUUCAUCAGACGGAGGGAAUAUGUGGACAAAUCAAGAUGUUAUGAAUGUGGAGUAAGUUAAAUAAAAAAGGUUUGAUGCAAAAUCCCGUUUUCAUUAUGGGUCUUUUAAAUAUUGGAGUAUUUUAAUUAGAUUAUUUUAUUUAAACAUAAAAAGGAGUUGUGUGAUUUUAAAAACAAAUAAGACAAGUUACUUUAUCACUGUGGUUUUUUUUUUUGACAUGGGAAAAAAUAAGUAAACUGUUACUUGUACAUAAUGUUAAUUGUAUUGCCUUCACGGUAAGGCAUUGUUCACAAAGGAUAUUUUAAAAAAAAUCUCUUCCCACUCCCUCCCACUUGUCCACACUUCACUGCAUGUGGCUUAUACCCCCUACAGUCAUACAGCAUUGUGCAGUGCAAAAUUCCAGGAAGUAUAGCCUAACUAUUAUAAAGAGCAAAGGGACCAGAUUUUAACUUCUAAAUAAGUCUAAUAAAAUAAAUCAUUAGCUUAAAGUCAACUGGAAAAGAGAGAUUGAGAAAAUUUCAAAAAGCACAAACUUGCAGUUUAGAUUUGUUGAAAAAUAGCAACCAAAUUUUCAGAGUGAUCCCCUCAUGAAAUUUUUCUAACUUCUUGGUACCCUAAUUUAAUUUUGCAAAUAGAUCAGCAAUAGAGGAAUCCACAAUGUAAAUAUUUUAAACUUUCUGGAUUACACAUAUUUGAACAAUAUAUUUGAACAAAAAACCCCCCCCCCCUCUUUCCUUUUAUUUGCAGACAUCCUUUAUGAACAGCCCCUAAAAAUAUAAUUUUUAUUAGGUGUGACAGACUUAUUUAAUUUGUUAUGUAGUGUUACUAACCAAAGUUAAAUGGCUACUAUUUGUGUGUUUGAAAAAAUAAGUUCAUUUUUAAUAAAUUCAGACAGUCAUUACAUGCAUUCUAUUACGGAUUUCAAUGUGACUCAUGGGGAGACUAGUUUGCCCUCCUAACUAAUUUAUCUGGUUUUUUUUAUAAUUAAACGUUUAAAAUUUUUUUUUCUUAACACUCAAUACCAGAGCUAAAUUUUGUAUGUGUAUUUCAUAUACUUUUAGGACGAGGGUCAUCUCAGUUAUAAAUGUCCCAAAAAUUUAUUAGGAGAAAGAGAACCACCCCCUAAGAAGAAAAAGAAAAGAAAGGGUGAUGAUGAUGAAGAUGAUCAAAAGUAAGGAUUACAUUAAUAUACCUUUAUUAUUUAAUGCUUGGGGGAAAAAAAAAUAGCCUCUUAGUUAUAGCUCUACAAAAAGGCUUUUUAUGAUUUCAUCUAAUUGAUGCAUCAAGAGUAUGUUAAAUGGGUAGCACCGUACUCGGAUAAAUAAAUGCUCUUAAAUUGAACUGAGAAGCAAAUUACUAUAGUAAUCACAUUGAAAUAAUUUCCGUCAAAAUUAUGUUCAAGAAGUCAUGCUUUUUUCCCUUCUUUAAUACCUCCCUUAGUGAGGACUAUGAAGAUAGUGAUGAAGAUACAGCCACAAAAUCAGCAAUGGAAGAGUCGCUUGCUUUGGCCAUUAAAUAUCAGGUAUUUUCAGACAAGAUACUCCUGCAUAAGUUUUCAAAUCUACUUAUCUAGAUACAAUACUUAAAAUUACAAUUCGUAAUAAAUUUGCAUUAAUAUUUUAUGUGGUUUAUGAAAAGAAUUAGAAUUUAUAUAUCUUUUUACAAACCAGUUAAAUAAUUUCUUUACUUCAGCAAGCUAUGAUGAAUCAUGAUGUUACAUCAGUUGGCUCGGAAUCCACAACCAAAAGGAAAAAGUACAAAAAAGAUGCAUAUUUUAGUGACGAAGAAGAACUAGAUGACUGAGGAUUCAACUCCUUAUAACACCAAAUAAACCUUACUUACUUACAGCUAAUAAAAAAAAAAAGAAAGAAAGAAGUAUAGUAUAAUUAAUUACAAAUGAACUUUUUUUUAACAAUAAGACAUUUCUAUUUUAGAGAAAUAUUAUGGAAUUGUUUAUUACAUAGUAUUGGAGUUUCCUUUCCAUGUUAUUAUUGUUGUAGGGCCUGGUAAGGGGCCAUCCACACAUCAUGUAUACACUAAGGAGGUAGGGUUGUUGAUUUAUAUGUUUGUGCAUUAUGGUGUCUAAGGGUGGUCUCUACAGAAUGAUUAUUUACAUUUAUCCUCUCUUUGUUGAUACUAAUUUAUUAUAGCAUGUUUGCAGAUAUAACAAAAAUCAUAUAAUUCAUGAAAAUGGUUUCUCACACUAAAAAGUUUAUGUAUUCCAAGGCUGUAUCAAAGAUUGUCAAUAAAGAUAUAGUUAGUAGGAGAUAAUGGGACAUAAUUUUUAAAAACAUUUUUUAUGGUGACUUUAAUUUCCUUCUGCUUCAUUUUAUAGGGGGAGGGGAGAGAAGCUAUUUGUACACAUGCGAGGGUGGGGGUUGAGUCCAAAUAUGUACAGGUGCAACAAGGGGAACAUAUGAUUAUUUUUUUAAAAUGAUAUUUGAAACCAAAUAAAUAACCAAAUAAAUUUAAUUGUUAAAUCGUUGCCAACUCUAUAAAGUGGUUAUACAACUCUGAACAUAUGUAUAUAGCUUUAAGUGUAUUAUGUGUGACUGAUGAAGUUAUUAAGUCAUAAUAGAUAUGUCCUCUUUGAAGUUUCAGCAAAAAUUUUAAGAAUGGAUCAAUUUUUAUGUGAUGUCUAUGACUUCUGUAUAAAUCUAAUAGAAUAUGUCUUUGAAAGCAAGAUAACGGGUAUGAAAUUUGUGGAAGUCAAAAAUGUUUGAUGAAACAAUAAAAAUCUUGGUUAUAAAAAUGUCACUAUUUUUUUUAUUGAAUUAAGUUAGUUUAAGUCUUAUUUUGUAUUAGUUUUCUUCAUGAAAAUGCAACAACAUAU